AUAGGAGGCCACUGCGUGGGUGGUGUCCCAGGUGAUUGUGAACGAGAACAAGCUUUCGGAGCCGGAAAGGCCGGAUUGUCACUAUUUUCUUGCCAACGCCACCGCCCGCUCGCCCUAUCCUAUUGCAACCUGCGGCACCGACGUUACUGCGUUCCAUGAAGCGUGGCUGUCCUGGACUGGGAAAAAGGAACAUUUGAAACUAGUUGAACGAUUGCGCGUCACCAUUUUUAUUGUUCUAGAACGACAUCAGGACAUCUGCUUCGUCGGUAAGGCCGGCGACUGCCGCCCGCUGGCAGCCCCUCCCUCCUACCGGCCGUAGGGUGGUAUCCCUACCAGCUUACUUUAGCCAUGGACGCACAAGGCCUCCAGCAGUUAGAGUUGUUGUGCGAUGCCCUCUAUAAUUCCAGCAGUGAAUCGGAACGGCAACAAGCGCAACAGCAGCUUCUUUCCCUGCAAUCGUCAGCGGAAUAUAUACCCCAGUGCCAAUACAUCCUCGACCACUCCCACUCCUCGUACGCCCUCUUUGUGGCCGCCAACGCCCUCACAAAACUUAUCACUCAGUACUGGAACAAUUUUUCGGUCGCUCAACGUGUGGAAAUUAGAAAUUACGUCCUCUCUUAUCUGGCCAACCAGGGUCACCAAGUGCCAGAUUUUGUGACGACGAGCCUCAUCCAGCUCGUCUGUCGAAUCACCAAGCUAGGCUGGUUCGACGACCCCCAGCACAGGGAGCUUGUGGAAGAUGUGGAGAAAUUCUUGCAUGCAAACGUGGACUACUGCAUAGUGGGCCUGCGGAUCCUAAACCAAGUGGUGGAGGAGUUUAACCUCCCGACGAGCGGGCGCACCCUCACCCUGCAUCGGAAAACGGCUGUGUCUUUCCGAGACCUCUGCCUUUUUCACAUAUUCCAAAUCUGCCUCUCCACCCUCCAGCAAGUCCAACGCCGGCAAUUCGCCAACGCUUCCCCCCAACAGGAGGUGAAGAUCGCGGAGCAGGCCCUCGCCCUCGCCGUUCGCGCCCUUUCUUUCGACUUCAUCGGCACCAACCCGGACGAGUCGGCCGAGGACGUGGGCACCAUCCAAGUCCCCAACACGUGGCGACGGCUCGUGCAAAACCCGGAGACGAUGAGCCUUUUCCUCGACUUCUACAAGAACACCCAGCCCCCGUCCUCGUCCUCUGCGCUCCAGGCGGUCAUCUUGCUCUCCUCCGUGCGCCGUUCUCUCUUCGCCACCGACAAGGACCGAGCCGCCUUCCUGCAGCAGCUGGUCACCGCCAUCCGCGAAAUCCUCCAGACCGAGCAAGGCCUCAAUUUCCAGGAGAACUACCACGAGUUCUGCCGCCUCCUUGGCCGUCUCAAAGCCAACUACCAGCUCUGCGAAUUGGUCCGCACGGAGGGCUUCAAUGAAUGGUGCGACCUUGCAGCUGCCUUUACGGUCAGAAGCUUUCAACAGUGGCAGUGGUUCGGGAACUCGAUCCACUACCUGCUGGGCUUGUGGGGACGCUUGAUCGCGGCCAUUCCAUACGUGCCGCAACAGCCCACGGGGUCGGCCUCCGGGGCGAACGGGGGUGGGAAAAACUAUCGGGAAAACAUGCAGCGCUGCGUCUUGCAGGUAGUGCAGUCCUACAUCAAGUGCAUGGUCGACUCGGUGGAGGUGGUGGUGCGCUCGGACGGGGGCCUGGAGGACCCACUGGACGACGAGGGCUCCCUGAAAGACCAACUGGAACGCCUCCCCGUCAUCUGCCUCUUCCAAUACCCCGCCGUCGCCCAGUACCUCAUGUCCUUCUUGGACCCCCUUCUGCAAACCUACCGGGAGAAGGUCUUGAAGAACCUUUCCCCCGCCCAGCUGGCGGCGACCGCGCCCGGGGAAACCGCCUCCCAGUUGAAGAUCUUGGACGGGCAAUUGACCUGGUUGGUCUACGUGGUGGGCGCCAUCAUCGGUGGCCACACCUCGGAGAUCCACGGGACGUCAUCCUCCUCCUCCGACUCGGGCGCGGUCAGCCAGGAGAGCAUGGACGCGAACUUGGCCUCGCGGUGCCUCCUCCUGGCUCAGGACUUCAAUGUCCGGGCGCAGCAAACGGGGGGCCCCGGGCCGUGUUCGCCGCGCUUGGAGCUUGCGCUGGUCUCCUUCUUUCAAAGCUUUCGGAAGAUGUACGCGAGCGAGAUGCCCCACAUGCUCUCCAUGUCCCCGGCCUCCCUGUCCGCGGCCAUACGGAUGGACGCAGGCGGCGGGAUGAUGAAGCAAAAGGCCUACCAGACUGUGUACGAUCUGAUGGGACUGGGGGACCAGGUGGGGAUCACCAACAUCAUCGUCACUAAGGUCGGUAACAACCUGAAAUACUGGGGCAAGAACGAGGACGUGGUGUCCCGGACCCUGCAGCUAUUCUUGGAGAUGACCAUGGGCUGUGGAAGUGCCAAGGUCCUCCUCUCCCUUGACCCCAUCCAAUACCUGCUCCACCACCACACGCCCGAGUACUUCCCUUUCCUCUCCGUCCCGGCCAACAGUCGGCACCGGACGUCCUUCCACACGACCUUGGCGCGGCUCAUCCUCUCGGUGGUAGACGAGGGGACCUCGGCCGCCUUCGAGUCCUUCAUGGAGCCCAUCCUGCGGGUCUUGGGCCGUCUCCAAGAGACCACCGAGAUGCGGACCGAGGAGGCGAAGCAGGCGGUGAUCGGCGUGUGCCGGGACCUGCGGGGGGUGACGGCCGCCACCCAGAACAGGAAGGCUUACUGUGCCCUCUUCGAGCUCCUCUACCCUCAGUACUUCCCCGUCUUUGUCCGGGCGGCGGAAGUCUGGUUCGACACGCCGGAGGUGACCACGGCCCUUUUGAAAUUCAUGCAAGAGUUCGUCCACAACAAGGCGCAGCGCCUCAUGUUCGACCAGAGCAGUCCGAACGGGAUCCUACUCUUCCGGGAGGCAAGCCGCGUCCUGGUCGCCUACGGGACGCGCGUGCUCCAACACCCCUUCCGCGUGGACGUGUACAAGGAGAAGUACAAGGGUAUUGCCAUCUCUUUGAACGUCUUGACCUGCGCUCUCUCGGGGAAUUAUGUGAAUUUCGGGGUUUUCGCCCUCUACGAUGACCCAGCUCUCGACAACGCCUUGGACGUCGUCCUCCGCCUGGCCCUUUCCAUCCCAUUCCAAGAAAUCUUGGCCUUCCCCAAGCUCAGCAAAGCCUACUUCGCCUUCUUCGAAGUGCUCUUCCGGAACCACAUCCCCGCCGUCCUCUCCCUCUCCACCCCCGUCUUCCUCCAAGUCAUCCAGGCCCAGCACGAAGGCCUCCAGUCCGUCGACCCUCUCCUCUCGGCGCAGUGCGCCUCCACCAUCGACUACCUGGCCACUUACUACUACCAAAACAAAUCCAAAGACCGCCCGCCCAUGCGCGCCCUUCGCAACCACCUGCAGGCGCAGCCCGACGUGAUCUUCACCCUCCUGUCCACGCUCUUCAAUCAACUCCUCUUCGGCUCUGUCAACCACUGGGCGAUCACCCGGCCCGUCCUUUCCCUCAUGCUCGCCUCGGAGGAGGAUUUCAACGCUUACAAGGAGCACAUGAUCAGCACCCAGUCCUCCCCUGAAAACCGGACUCGGCUGCGGGAAGAGUUUGCGAGGCUCUGCAACGAUUUGCAAAGGAAUUUGGAGCCGAGUAACAGGGAGCGGGUGGGGCAGAAAUUGACUGUCUUCAGGGUUGCGGUCUCGCAGUUCUUGGCAAGUUAGGAGGGAAAGGAGAUGGAGAAGUGGGAAGGGAGAGGAGGCGAGCGCGAGAGGUUUGGCGGUACCCCCUUUCCCAAUGGAAGGGGGCGGGGGGAAGACAUACAAGGAAAUUUUUAGAAAGUCCAGAGGCCAAGCCCGACGUCCUCGACCACCACCAACCGAUGCCUGGGAUUUCGU